AUGUUCGGCAAGACUUGCGAGUACAAGUUUGUCUCUAAAUAUGGCCGUUUUAUGGUUGAGCCAGGGCAGCUGGAGCGAGUCGAAGGGUCUGAGCUCCGGGAAAUGUUCCUGCCAAAACUCACACCGCUAGGGCAAAAAGCUUUGAGAAAUAGCGGCUUCGUGCGCUCUCAAUUAAUGCACUACGGUGUGCAAUUCGAGGACAAGGAGCUCACCGGUCAGGGCACGUUGCUUAUGAAGCGAGUCCUUCAGGCUGGGAAAUGCGACAAGGUACCAGAGCACAUUCUACAGCUGAAGGAGCAGAUGCACAUGCAAUUUCUGGAAACACUCUCUCCUACUGAGCUCGCUAGAGACCCCACCUGGGCCAUGGAAAAGUACUUUUUGACUUCCGGCGAACCUGACCGCACGAAGACUACUGUCGUCGUCUGUCUGCCUUUUCAUCUUCGCAGUGAAUAUGGUAUUCAAUGCCUGAUUGAUGCUGCGAACAAGGUCCCCGGAUUGAACCAUGAAAAGGCUGUUGGACCUGAGACUAAAAUGGUCUUUAUGGGAUGGGAUGCUGCAGCUGUGAAGAAGGAAGCCAGGGAAUAUCCUGCCAAAGCCGCACGGAAGCUGGCCGAGGCGUCGGAAAAACGAGAGCAAGCCCGAGACAAAAUGCAUCAUGACUAUCUCAAGACGCUCACUCGAAAAAGGGGCGGCUCUAAAGCUACAAAGAAUCGGUCUCCUGUGGGCAGCUAUAUUGUCGACAGCGCCUGUUUUGAGGAUCAUUACGCAGAUGGGAGAAAAUUCGACCUCACGCUCGAGAUCCAAGAAACUGACCGCCCCGGAGUCUUCCAAGCUGAUUUUGACUUCGGAGUGCUUGAGGGGAUUAUGAUGAUUUGUGAUGAUGAAGAGACUCUUGAUGAAUAUUGCCGUGAGGCUGAUCGCGAAGAUGACUUCGACGACAGUGAUUCACUUGAGGACGACACCACAGAAAGCAGCGAGUCGGAGGUGGAAACUUUUCAGCAAGGGUCCAAGCGAAAGGCAUCUGGAUCUGGAAAUCAAGUCUCAAAAAAGCCCAAACAGCGCAAGGCAAGAAAGACCCCGUCGCGCAAGUAUUGGCUGCGACUGAAGUGCCGAGAGCUGGAGGGCCAACUUCAUUUCGAUCCCGAAGAAGGGUCCAUUGAAUUCGAGGACGACAACUUGGUAAGCUUCGAGGGGGCCGCAGAUUUCCCUUGUAUGGGCCAAGAUGUAGGCUUUUAUGCUCGCAAAAUCUCCGAUGAGCCUUCUCAAUCUUCGGCGGAAUGGAGAGAUUACUCCGAGCGGCAAUAUGAGUAUGAACGGGUUCGAAGAUGGCACUAG